GUUCUAAAUAACAUCGACAGAAGUUUGCUCUUAUUUGCACUACAUCAAAGAACCAGAACAUCAUGGGACAUGUCAAGGGUGGCCUUGCCACCUUCUUGUGUUUCUGGGGAAUGGUUGCUGGGAGAGACGUUCUGACAGUUGGUCCAUGUGAUGUCAGAAUAAAAGAGAUGUCUUUCAACUGCAGUCAGAGGGGACUAAAAGAGGUCCCUGCAGAAAUCUGGAUCAAUGUGACCAUGCUGGAUCUCUCACAGAACCAACUGAAUUUAACCAACCCCAAACACCUGGCAGCACUCCACAGGUUCCAGGAGGUGUUCCAACUUAAUCUCUCAGAAAACUACCUUCCACUUCUGGAAGAAGACACAUUAGGCACUUUUCCAUCCCUUCAGGUUCUAGAUCUGAGCACAUGCCAGCUGACAGACAUCAAGCCCGCUGCGUUUCAAGGCUUUCCGAAACUGAAAACUCUCCUGCUGGGCAAUAAUAAGAUUCGUGACCUCCUGCCUAGUGUUCUCCAAAAUCUGAAGCAGUUGUCCUUACUGGAUCUUCAUAACAACCCUUAUCUCAGAAAUGCCACAACUGAGCUUACUGAGAAAGACUUGGUGAAAAAAAAUCAAAGAAGACUGCUAAUAGAAGACUCUGCUCUUGUUAAUACCCUGAACAAGACCCAAGAUAAGACCCUGGAGGCUGAUCACACCCCUAGCUGGCCAUACCUGCUGGGUGUACUGGGGACAAUUCUGGCUAUAGCCCUCUUCAUCGUCAUGCUGGUCAAGUGUAAACUAUUCCAGCAAUACCUAGACAGCUAUCGACAUUCACUGCUGUCAGAGGUUGAUACCACAAGUCAGUGUGACCCCGCCAGCCUGGGGCAUGGUUUCUCUGGCCACAACAUGGACAGCCGGGCUCCUGGCUUUGAGGACCGCAGUGAGUUGGACGAUGAUGACGGCUUCAUUGAGGACAACUACAUCCAGGCCAGUGAGAGGGAGAGGGCUCAGAGGGAGAGGGAGGAAGAGGAGAGAGAGAGUGAUCUUGAAGAUGACAUCUAGAUCUCUAUUAACUAA